CUUCAUUUCUUAUUUCCGUUUCUGGUUUAAUAUAUUUUUUUGAAAAAAAAUCCCUAUUAUUGCGCUCUUUAAAUUCCCACUUUCAAAUUCAUAUUCAUCCCCUUUUACAUUGAGAAUCUUCAAGAAUUAGGAGUGUUCGAUUGAAAAGCGAGAGAUGGCGACCAAUAUAGGAAUGAUGGACAGUGCCUACUUCGUUGGUAGGAAUGAGAUUUUGACUUGGAUCAACAAUAGGCUCCAGCUUAAUCUCUCCCGUGUUGAAGAGGCCGCCUCUGGUGCUGUGCAGUGUCAAAUGAUGGACAUGACUUAUCCAGGAGUUGUUCCAAUGCAGAAGGUGAAUUUUGAUGCAAAAACAGAAUAUGAUAUGAUUCAAAAUUACAAGGUUCUGCAGGAUGUAUUCAACAAAUUGAAAAUUGAAAAGCAUAUUGAAGUCAACAAGCUUGUGAAAGGCCGCCCCUUGGACAACUUAGAGUUCUUACAAUGGCUGAAACGCUACUGUGAUUCUGUAAAUGGUGGCAUAAUGAAUGAAAAUUACAAUCCUGUUGAAAGAAGAAUUAAGGGUGGAAAGGAUCGAAGUUCUAAGGGUUCCCAAAAGAUCACAAAAUCGCUGCAAUCAAACAAUAUGCAUAAUUCUGGAUCUGGAGAGAUUGUUGGCCUUAGUAAAACUUAUGGGCCCAAACAAGCAAGGACUGGUGGAGGUGGCGUGGGUAAUUCUUCUGGGGAGAUUCAGGUUUUGUCCAAGGAGGUUACAGAUCUCAAGCUCUCUGUGGAUCUUUUAGAAAAAGAAAGAGAUUUCUAUUUCGCAAAAUUACGGGAUAUAGAAAUACUUUGUCAGACUCCUGAAUUGGAGGAUCUCCCGGUGGCUGUGGCAAUAAAGAAGAUAUUAUAUGCUGCUGAUGCAAAGGAAUCUGCACUUUUAGAAGCUCAGGAAUAUUUGUCUCAAAAUCUGAAUGCUGAUGUGGUUGAAGCAGAAGAUGGACGCUAAGUUCUCAUGCAUGCAGGAAACCUGCCUAUAAGGUGCACGUUAUAGGACACUCAAGAGUGCCUUUGAUCUCCCUUGAGCAUGAGAUGCUAGAGAAAUUUCACGAUGCUCGAGACACUGAAUGACAACUGGUGGAAAAAUUGGCACUUUCUUUUCUUUUUUAACCAUGCAGUCGAUAUAAUCUUGUGAAGCAGAACUAUUGAAUUACUCAAUAAUGAUAAAGAAUUGUUCCUUCUAGGAGAUUAGUUGGUU